UCCUAAUUAUAUAUAUGUUUUUUUUUUAAUUUCCUUUUUCCCGGCUUUUGAACUUCUCACUCAACUUCUCUCUCUAAACUGUUUCCCAACUUCUCUCUGAAUUUCUCUCUCCAUUUCAAAUUUAAUUUCAGUGAUUAUUUUCAUCCAUUUGCAUCAAAUUACUCUUCCGAUCUUCUUUUUUCUAAAAAAUGGUGAAGAAAGCGGCACCGAAGAAUCCGGCAGCGAAGAAACCGGCAGCGAAGAAACUUGAAUUCGACAAUUCCGUCGCUGAAAUGGCUGUUGAAGCUCCUCGAAGGCGAGGAAGAAGGCCAAAUGCUGUUUCUGAAGAAAUUCCUGUUGCUAAGGAAUUUGUGUCUAUAAAGAAGAACAAAAAGGCUGGCAGUCCGAAAUCAAAAGCAAUUGCGCUUGUAUCUGAAAAAGAACCAAUUGAAGAAGAACAACCUAAUCAACUAGUUUUACAAAAUUCUUCUCUGGUUGACGUUCCACAGCCUGAAUCUCAUCAACUUCAUUCACAAGUUUUGAAAGAAGUUGGCGCUGAUGGCCUGCCUAUCGUGUUUAAUUUUGAUACACAAUGUUCAGGAGGAUCAUUGUGUAAAUUAAUUAAAGACUUCUCUCCUGAUCAAAAGGCAGCUGUUCAAGAGAUAGGGUUUGGAGAUUGUUAG